CCCCCCCUGCUCCCUUCCCUCCCUCUGCUCGAGGACGCGGACGACGCCGCUCGUCGCGCGAGUGCCCCCUCCCCCUCCCGCUCCCGCUCCCGUCUGGGGCUCGAGCAGCGUCGUCGUCCUCCCGCGGCGGGCGGACAGACAGACAGACGGAGAGAGAUAGAGAGGCGGCCCGGGCCGGCCACCAUGCCCCCUCCGCACUGUUAACUCCUCCCCCCGUGUGGAGCGGAGCGGAGCCGGCGGCAGGAUGCUGAAGAGACUGGUGCGGCUCUCCAACCGUUCCUUCUUCGCCUUCAUCUUCCUCUUCUCGCUCUCCUCCUCCUGCCUCUACUUCAUUUAUGUGGCGCCCGGGAUAGCAAAUACUUACCUCUUCAUGAUGCAAGCACAAGGCAAAAUGUUGAGAGACAACGUGCGAACUAUUGGCAUCCUCAUUCGAGACCGAUACACCAAGAGAAACAGUACGCUGAAUGGCACAGAUUAUCUGGAAGGGUAUAAUUCAAGUGAGUACCUCGGUCAGGGCGGAACAUAUCUUCCAGAAGACUUCACGUAUUCUCCAGGCUUGCCUUGUCCAGAAAGGUUGCCGUCAAUGAAGGGCCUCAUUGAGGUUAACAUGACUGAAAUCAGCAUGGAAGAAAUCCAGCAAUUAUUUUCACAAGAUUUAGCAAUCAAAUAUGGAGGCCACUGGAAGCCGGGUGACUGUAAAGCCCGUUGGAAGGUGGCAAUCCUCAUUCCAUUCCGCAACCGUCACGAACACCUCCCAAUUCUAUUCCGUCAUCUGGUUCCAAUGCUUCAGAGACAGCACGUUCAGUUUGGCUUCUAUGUCAUUGAACAGGCAGGUAACUAUCCCUUUAAUCGUGCAAUGCUUUUCAACGUUGGCUUUGUGGAGGCUAUGAAAGAUCUGGACUGGGACUGCCUUAUUUUCCAUGACGUUGAUCAUAUACCAGAAAGUGACCGCAACUAUUAUGGGUGUGGGCAGAUGCCACGCCAUUUUGCAUCAAAGCUAGACAAAUACAUGUACAUCCUUCCGUACAACGAAUUCUUUGGUGGAGUUAGUGGUUUAACAGUGGAACAGUUCAGAAAAAUCAAUGGGUUUCCCAAUGCUUUCUGGGGAUGGGGUGGAGAAGAUGAUGAUCUCUGGAGAAGAGUUCUUUAUGCAGGGUACAAUGUGACAAGACCAGAAGGAGAUCUGGGAAAGUACAAAUCUAUACCCCACCACCAUCGAGGGGAGGUACAAUUUUUAGGCAGAUAUAAAUUGUUGAGGUAUUCUAAAGAACGUCAACCUCUGGAUGGGUUGAACAACUUGAAGUACACUCCAAAUAUAACCCUGCACUUUUUGUACAAAAACAUAACUGUGAAUCUUACGCCAGAUUUGGCACCUGUGGCCGAUGAUUAAAGAGGAUGGGACUACCUUGAAUUUUAACAGCUGUAUCUUGGACUAUUAUGGAUUUUAUUUUUAGUUCUGGCGCUUCAGUGAAAGGCUUAUGGGUCUUGAGAAACUGCCAAGGCACCUUGGAUGUGGAUGUCUCAAUGACGGCUUGAGUCCUGAAAUUCGAACAGCUGAUUGUUAUCUGCAUGUGCGUGCAAUAGCUUUGCCAAUGAGUUCAUCGAGCAUUGUGUGAGAACGAGAGAGCGCAUCGUCACUCUGAAGUCGAGGGGCUUCCAGCCAGGCUGCUCUCCUUAAGUCGUUUUAUUAGCUUUCUCGUCAUGAUCAGCUGCUCCUGUACAAAAACCGCUAGAAUUCACAUUUGUAGGUAGCACAUAACAUAUUGUAAUUUUUAGCUAAAAUGAAGGCUUAUGGUUCACUUAAAAUAAUGCUAUGGAUUUGUAAAUAUACUGUAAAAUUGUGCACUUUGCCGCUCUUUUUUAUACUAUGGAACUAAUGCAUUUGUGAUGUUCCUUUUAAAAAGGAAGUUUAUAAAUAUAUGUAUGUAUGUAACUUGGCAUGUAAGAACAAAAUGUACAUAGUCUCAGAUGACACAUUCACUUUCCACACUAUAAUGGAAAGAAUUCCAAUGGUCUGGUCUCUGGUAGCUAUAACUACACCUGGUUACAGUAAGGUUAUCUAAUCACUCAGUCACAUAACCUAGUUAUGAUUUGGAAAAUACUUUUGAAAGUAAGAUUAAUUUAGCUUUAAGAUUAUUUUCAAUAUGGGGUGGUGCUCCCCCAAUGACGUGCUUGCAAAAAAGAAGCUGAGAGGUACGUUCCCCCCCAUCCCGUCCUUGGAUGAAAGUAAACUAGCAGCUAAACUAAAAUGGCAUAUUUGUAGGGUAUUGUGUGUGCGUAUGCGUGCUGAUUUCAGCAAUUCUUCUGAAACCACUGGUGUUCUCAUUUGCCCGAGUAAACCCUAUAACUCACAAGACCUCCAUUACCCCGCAGAAUGCCUGCUUGUUUCACCACUCGCAUUUACAUUUGUAAAUUCGCAACGCUUGAGUUGCCAUUUGCAAUGCAGAUCCCAUCUUGCAACGGAUGUAUUGUAAAAUGUAAGUGUACGCCGACAGUUAUAAAAGAAUGGAGUCAGUAUCUAGGUACAAGUUUUUUAAAAUGUAUUCCGUUGGACCAUUAUGUGUGUAUUUAUUUGUGUGUGUGUGUGUGUAUAUGUAAGUAUGUGUAUAUGUAUAAUGUGUAAUAUACACAGGCAUAUAUAUACACAAACAUACACACAUAUUUUAUAUAUAAUAAUAUGUUAUAUAUAAUAUAGUAUGCCAGUACAGGUACUACUGAAAUGCCAGAGUGAUUCUGUGCAAAUUGGUUUUGGAUAAUGCUCCAUUCCUUUGAUUUUUAAGUUGAGAUUUGUUGACGGUCUUUAAUGAUCUGCUGUUAUUUUGAUUUUAAUCUGAUGGGAUGUUGAUGUCAUUUCUAGACUGCGCCACCAAGCAAAGGGCAGCGUUUUCUUGCUCUUCAAAGAGAGCAACUAACCUGUUUUCUGAUUUAGUUUUGUUCAAAAUCGGCUGUUUCAUUGAUUAGCCCAAGGACGGUUUUCCAUAACUCAUUUGUGGACUGUGGCGGUUCUUUAAUUGUGGACAAGCUGGUAAUGUUUAUUUUCAUUGAUGUACAUUUGCAGAUCUUUUCUCUGUAGUUUUUCAUAAUUGGCACUAACCACAAUUGUUUGUUUUUAAUCAUUCGGAGCUUAAGGCUUGUACGUCUGGCAACUGUGUGCGUUAUUUCUAAAAGACUUUGAAGUACCAAAUAGGCUCAAAAUGUUUUAUCGGAAGCAGUAGAGGGAGAUAGUUUUGUAUAAAUUAGAUUGAAGAAAGCUUUGAACGUAUCGUAGGGCAGUGGGGGGAGGGGGAGGGGGAAGCACGGAUGGUUUCAAAUGAAACAAGGAAAUGCCCUCUCGGUUUGGAUGCUUCAACAGAUCAGAACAUAGGCGUCUUGCAAGGGAAAGAAAAGCUCCUGUGGUUUCAGCAUUGAACAUACCAAGUAACCAAGCUACUGGUUACUAGUGACUGGUUCUGACUCGGGUCAGACUGCUUGCUGAACAUUUUCCAAACUAGUUACCUUAAGCAAAUACUGAACAGAAAAGCUUUGGUGAACCCAUGAAGCCUGCUCUUAGUGCAAACUCAGAAAAGUGGGAUCUAGAAGAAAUAUUUGGGCAAACGAAAUGCAUUAAUGUUAUGCUUAUUAUGACUGUGAAUUUCUCGCUUUGUCAAUGUUUGAGAUUCCAGCAGCUAUUCCAACACUUUUGAAUUUAAUUUCCAACGAUCUCUUGGUUUGUAAUCUGUACCCUCUGUUUCCUUCUUCCACUCUCUCCUCUCAAAUGCCCUUUAAGUCAUUUAAGGGUGUAGUCAUAUAUGGUUACACCUCUAGACUUGUAGCCAGAGGCUAGUAGUGUUGCAAUUAGAGAUUAAACAUGAGAUAUAGAAUGGUUGAUACAGUUAUGGAUUAACCCCACUAAUAAUCAGACUACCUGAGAUUCUGUAGAAUAUUUCUAUGCAACAUAUUUUGCAGUGACACUAUAUGACCAGGUAAGCUUUUGCAAACUUUAUUCCUUCCAGAGGAGAGAUACUGCAAUGGGAGUUUGCUGCUGGAGGAAAUAACAAAGCAUAACAUUUCAUUGAUAAGUGAUCUUAUUCUACAGAUUUUUCUCUUCCCAGCCAUUAUACUAAGUUCAUUGGGAUGUUAGCAAAUCUGUUGCUCGUUGUAUGACAAGUUUCCCAGAUAUUUGAAAUAUUGGAUUCCCCACAAUAAAGAGAAAUAACCAGCGGCAUAUUGUUUCAAACAACGUUCUCUCCUUUGGAGCAGAACAGUACCAGAGGCUCAUAUUAAAUUUGCUUGAUUAAUCUUUUGACUGGUGAGUAAAAUGAAGAUUACUGCAGUGGUUUAUGCUUCUGAAUAAGAACCAUGACAAUACAUCAAACAACCAAUUCUUAAAACAAGAACUGAAUUCUCAAACCACUUGCCAACUGCAAUGUCCAGUCCUAUGAAACCACCAAUUAAUAAUAGUUAAACCAGGUAUGUGGAAACGAGUGCAUUUGCUGCCUUGUUUAGAUUUGAAAUGGCACUUACUGACUAAUUGCACACGUCGUUAAUUCUCCAAAAGGCAGGCCAGGUGAUCUGAAGAGUUAACCUACUAUAAUCUACUCUGGUCUGUUCAAAAAAACGAGAUUUUCUGAUGUAUUCUAAUGCUGUAGAACUUUGCAGUGAUGUAGAUUAAUCAUUUUGGUGCCUUCUGUUUCUGCUUUCAUUUUCAACAUUAACUGAAAGAAUUGUGCACUUUAACUUUUAUCUAUACAUUACCUCUAAUAUAUUUAGAAUAUAUAUAUUAAAUGUCUAUGUAUCCAUCUUAAAUUGGAAGGGUGGAAACUUCAUUUGGAAACUGUAAUAAGCCUAUAAUAGUGGCAGAAAUUUGUUUUCCGUUCAAAUUCCCAUGUUACUAAUCAUAUAACAAUACAUGUUAGUGUCAGUUACUGUAAAUCACAUUUACGUUCAGAGUACUGUAUGAAGUCAAUUUGUAGGCAAAAACUGAUGAUAGCAUGCUCCAGGAAGAAGAAAAGGCAUGCUGAUCUGUACAUUGCUUAGUUAGCUAACGCAUUACUUUGAAGUCUGUCUUGCAGUGUUUCUAGUAAUAUUUGUAUAUUUUGUAUUAUUUUAUGAAAAUAAACAAUA